CUUUUGUCUAAGCUUACGUCAUAUUCGUGUAGCAUCGGAAUGAAUCGGAUGUACUCGGUGAUUCGCAAUGGCUGCGUUCGCUCGGUUCGCUGUUUAUGUCGAGUAAUUCGUUUGUGAUUAUUACAGUGUACGCAAUGACGUGUAAUGUGAAAGGGUGUGGGAACUAUCUGGCAAAGACCAGAAAGAUCGAAGGAAAUAGAAUAAAAUAUUUUUCCUUCCCAAAGGAUCCAGCACUGUGUAAUAAGUGGCGUCAAGCAUGCGGAAAAGAAAAUAUUUCACCAAAAUAUGCUAGGAUAUGUUCGAAGCAUUUUGCUGAUGAAGCUUUUACGAAGCCCUUACAAGAACAUCUACUAGGUUAUUCACCUACACGAACUAGGAAGAUACAUCCUGAUGCUAUCCCGACGUUGCAUCUCCAUGCAGUACCUCCACUAACAUCAAACGAAAAUGUGUUAGCUGAAAAAAGAAAAAAGAAGAAAGAUGUCAAAAUUUACUAAUAAAAAACCUGUAUAUUAAAUAUUUGCAUUUAUUGUUAUUUGAUCUUUUAUCUGCAUCUUUCCUCUGCAUAUAUAGUUCUUUAUGUCGUACGCCACAAUAUAUUUUUGUUUUGCGUCUCAGCUGACAAUUCUUUUCCAAUCGUUUUCCGACCAGUUUUGAUUAAAACUAAUAAUUCGCAGAAUUUUAAUAAUAAAUGACUGGAAAUUAAAA